AUGCAGCGAGCAUUGACCUCUGGGGCUCGAGCCUCGUUCCUUUCUUCUGCCGCAUCACGUGCGAACUCGAUCCCAAAGUCUCGCAUUGGUGCCGCUUCUCUCACAGCUUUCCAACAGCAACGAUACGCCCACAAGGAUCUCAAAUUCAGCAACGAAGCCCGUACCUCCCUCCUCAAGGGCGUGGACACCCUCUCAAAAGCAGUCGCAACGACUCUUGGCCCCAAAGGAAGAAAUGUUUUGAUAGAGUCUAGCUAUGGUUCACCGAAAAUAACGAAAGAUGGUGUCACCGUAGCAAAAGCGAUUACAUUACAGGACAAGUUUGAGAAUCUUGGUGCACGAUUACUGCAGGAUGUCGCUUCCAAAACCAAUGACGUGGCUGGAGACGGUACCACCACCGCUACAGUGCUUGCGAAAGCCAUAUUCUCCGAGUCAGUGAAGAAUGUCGCCGCAGGAUGCAAUCCAAUGGACUUGCGGAGAGGCACACAAGCAGCUGUAGAUACUGUUGUACAAUACCUUCAAAGUAAAAAAAGAGAUAUUACGACAGGGGAGGAAAUUGCCCAGGUCGCUACGAUAAGCGCAAAUGGUGACACCCACAUCGGCCAGCUGAUCUCGAACGCUAUGGAGAAGGUCGGCAAGGAGGGUGUCAUCACAGUGAAGGAAGGGAAGACGAUCGAGGAUGAGCUAGAAGUGACUGAGGGUAUGAAGUUUGACCGAGGUUUCACAUCCCCAUACUUCAUCACCGACACAAAGGCCCAGAAAGUUGAGUUUGAGAAGCCCCUAAUCCUGCUUUCUGAGAAAAAGAUUUCGGCUAUUCAAGACAUCAUUCCUGCCUUAGAGGCUUCAACCCAACAGCGACGGCCGCUUGUGAUCAUUGCCGAGGACAUUGACGGCGAGGCUUUGGCUGUCUGCAUUCUCAAUAAGCUUCGAGGCCAACUACAGGUUGCUGCAGUCAAAGCUCCUGGCUUUGGUGACAAUCGCAAAUCAAUACUAGGGGAUAUCGGAAUCCUCACAGACGGCACUGUCUUCACAGAUGAGCUCGAUAUUAAGCUAGAAAAGGCUACGCCAGAAAUGCUUGGCACGACCGGCUCCAUCACUAUCACAAAGGAAGACACGAUAAUACUCAACGGUGAGGGUAGCAAGGAUGCCAUCACUCAACGCUGCGAACAGAUCCGUGGUGUCAUUAACGAUCCAUCAACUUCGGACUACGAGAAGGAGAAGCUACAGGAACGUCUUGCCAAACUCUCUGGCGGCGUUGCCGUGAUCAAGGUCGGAGGAGCUUCUGAGAUCGAGGUCGGCGAAAAGAAGGAUCGAGUCGUAGAUGCACUCAACGCUACUCGUGCCGCUGUUGAGGAGGGCAUCCUUCCUGGCGGAGGAACUGCCCUGCUAAAGGCCGCCGCCAACGCCCUUGGAACUCUCAAACCAAGCAACUUCGAUCAACAGCUCGGUGUCUCCAUUGUUAAAAACGCCAUCACCCGGCCUGCACGGACGAUUGUUGAGAAUGCCGGCACCGAAGGUAGCGUUGUGGUCGGCAAGCUUACCGACGAAUAUGGCUCCGAUUUCAACAAGGGCUAUGACAGUCAAAAGGGCGAGUAUGUUGACAUGAUUGCUGCUGGUAUCGUCGAUCCUCUUAAGGUCGUCCGCACCGCUUUGGUCGAUGCAAGCGGUGUAGCGUCACUGCUUGGUACCACCGAAGUGGCCGUUGUAGAAGCUCCUGAAGAGAAGGCUCCGCCUGCUGGUGGCAUGGGUGGAGGUGGUAUGGGAGGCAUGGGAGGUAUGGGUGGUGGAGGCAUGUUCUAA